CUACAUGCUCGUCGCUACACUUUCUGUCAAGUGUAAUUCUCUAGGGAGGUUGUCUUUUGUCUACCGAGGCAUGAUUGCGUGUGUGUGGGUCGGGAAAGCCUUAUUUCUCUUCAGUUGACCGGCAUCAUACGAGUGAUCGACAGAAGGUGUUAGCCGGUCAAUCUGGAGCGUGCAAUCGCAGCGUUUCAUCUCGUUAUCGACAGUGUUGUCUCUCUCUCUCUCUCUCAGGAAACUUCAGUGUGCGUGUUUUCAACCAACGCUCCGCCUCCCGCGACCGCGUAGCAUUUAAUUUGACCGACCGACCCACAGCUGUUUCAACUUUCAACACUUGGACGUGACUAGACUCGGCGCGCUUAGUGUUUCUCUUCUCCUCAAAAUAGAGAAGUGAGUGAGUUUUAUUUUUAAUGUUGGUCAUAGCGAGCUGGAUUUUUGUGAAAGAGAGCUGAGACUCAUGGUUAUUUAUUUUGUUUCUCAUGCCGUUUAUUUUUAUUUUUGUUUUUUUUCGCCUCUCACUGAUGAGUGAGGCUGGCGUUUAGCUCUAUUUUCAAUAUCCACCUUCUGCAAACAGAGAGGAAAAAUUGGUCGAGAUGUGGGUAUCGCACAGCUUUGGCGAUUUUUGUUGAUCUCUGGCAGUUUUUACACCAUUUCUCAUCCGGUCGAGCGUGAGACGUUUUGCCGCUUUGUUGGCUCCACAUUAACGUCAUUGACGUCAAAAGUCCCGGAAUAACGCAAUGCCCCUCCAACGUUUUCACACAAGUCAGGAUGCGGAAUUGAGAAACCGAUGGAUGUCCUAACUGGUGAAAAGGAAAAAAGGAAAAGAAAAAAGCAUGUAGGUUUCGGGAGCGCAGGCAGAUGGAAAAGUUGAUAUCUAUAAAUAGAAGUCGGCAUCGGAGCCAGCCAAUGGAUCUCAGCAGGCUAGGACAGGAAGCUGCUGGUUGUGUACACGGCAGCGCGUGUGGAAGACGGUUUCUUGACACAGUUCUUUUCUCUUUUUCUUUUUUACACACAUCCCGAAUCCUCGUCUAUUUUUACUGCGCGACGAAAACUCUGUGUGUGAGAUGGACGCUGCACAUUCAGUCGAGACGUCCAGCAUUAGCGCCACGGUUGUCUCGAUGAAUUUGCAAUCUCAUUAAAGCGGACUGUCUCUUUGGCCAAUUGCGUUGUCCCAUGCAUCGUUAACUUGGAAUUAACUUGGUGGAAACUGGGUCACAAUGAAAUCUGGACCUGUCCCUCCACACACACACACACACCGAACCCCCCACACCCACUUCCAAAUAUAUAAAUAAAGUGUGUCGCUCUGUGUGCCUUGUCAAAUCUGGCGAUGGCUUUAUUUUGGGUUUGAAAUAUUUGACCUCCCAUCGGUUCCAUCUGCAGCACUCGUCGACUGACAUUUUGAUACACGAUGUGACUAUAGGAUAGUUUGCUUUCGUGAUCGAUCAUUCAAGUUAGACUAUCAACUUGUUCCAUGCUAAACGAGUAUCACUGAAAGAUGGCAAUUGUGUUACAAUCCUGUCUAACGAAUGGCAGAUCGAAUUCGAUUCAUAACGUGUUGAAAGACAAUUUACGUCAUUUCUUUUUCCCAUUUUUCUUUUGUCACCCAGUUAACAAAGUUGUAGGAUUUUCCCAAACGAAUCAUUUUACGAAAUAAGGACCUUUUUUAAAAGUGUGCUCAUAACUUGCUUGUAACGAAGUCGGAGGUGACGUUUCACUGGAUACUAGAGCCGCGAUGGAUCAGAGAGUAGUGCUUUUUUCCACCUUUGGGCUCCGAGCCAAAGUGGAUUUGGUAGCAAACAGAAAACACGAGCGGGCGGAUGAAAUGAAGGCCCCCAGUAAGCUUCUAGUGGCUUUGUCGAGCAGUAACGUCUGGAUCGCUCGAUUCCUGGCUAUAUCUGAUAUAUAUUUCGGUGGAAGCAUUCAUGUUCAAUCUUGAUUUUAAGUGACUGCCAUCAUGUUCUCCUUCUUCCGUAAGAAAAGCGCUUGCAAAGAGUCGAAGCCUGAGCAGCAGACGACCGAUUGUGCGGAGGAGGACAAUCAGGGCAAGAAGAAAAUCAAAAGUGACAAGAAAACACUCAAAGAGACAAAGAAAAUUGUAGCGUUCAAACCGGAAUCAGAGCAGCCCAACGUCAACUCGUCAACGUCCAACGUUGCCGCUAGUCAGAAAGUUGCCGAAGUUCCUGCUGCUGUUCCAGCUGUUCCUCCUGUCAUUGUUUUAAUUGCCGAAGACAAAGAUUUCACGCUCGCCGCAAAGACUUUAAUUGACUACUCCUCCAGUCAUGAUCAAGUGGAAGCACAAGUUCCUAGCUCAUCCGAACCGGAUGAUGUUUUCCAGCCACCGGAGGAACCACCCGAGGAUGUGUUUUGCGAAGCGCAAGAAGUCAUUCAGCCGGAAAUGAAUUGUAGUCUGUCUCAGCCCGAUGACACAUCUGAAAUUUCCAACAGUCUGGUGGCAAAAGAUUUAUCCAAACUGAGCGUUGACGAUAAACAACAACAGUCUCGUUGUCGUCGUCGCGUCUCCUUCAAUGACGAGGAAACUGUUAUUAUUUGCGAUCCUGUUGACGUCACAGACUCGGCCGUACCGGAUGCGGAGCAUAAACUAUCAAUCACGAUAGCACAAAGAGAUUUGAGGGAAGAAGCUCCGUUUUUAUCCGAGGAUUCUUCACCUCUUCCACACGACGGAAUCUCAAUCGUCCAGCAGGACGAGAAAAUGACGACAGCCGAGGAAGACCAGUCGCUGGACUUGCUGGCCAUGAUGGAGGAGCAAGUCCGACAAUUGGAAACGGAGCUGAAGGAGAAGAAUGACAGGGUGGAGCAGCUGGAAGCCAUGCUGGCCGAUGGGGUGGCCGAUGAGGACCGGCAGACCCAACUGGAAGCCAUCGAACGCUUGGAAGCCGACUGGAACAAGGAGCAUGAACUCAUUGACAACGAACGAGAAGAGGAAUUGCGGCUUUUACAGGAGGCUUUGGAAGAAGCCCUCGAGGAAAAAGCCGAAAUCGAGUCCAAAAUGCUGCGGGAUGCAUCGAGAGAAUCGCAGCUUUUGGACGAUUUCGAGUGGAAGCUGGGCGAGAUUGAGCGCGACUAUAAAAAGAAACUGGUCGAAGCCGAGAAAUCGGCCGAAGAGCGAUUCAAAAACGAGAUGGCAAUCGAGUACCAGAAGCUCGUCGACGACAAACGGGAUAUUGAUGCAAAACUAACAGAAAUUGCUCACCUCAAGAGUUUCGAAGCUGAAGUGACUCAAUUGCGAGGUCUGGUCUUUGAGCAGCAGAGGGUCAUUAGGACGGCUGCCCGUCAAGUCGACCACUUAAAAGAGACGGAGAAGAUCCUGGAAGACGAUCUGCACAAGCUCCGAAUGAACGGCUGCACGCGCAAGCAACAACAAGAGAUGGAGGCCAAAUGGAAGGAGAAUUCGCUCAGCGAAUACAACCGGUUACGAGCCGAAUUGGUGGCUUCCAAUGAGGAGGAAAUGCUGAAAGCCAUCCGACAGGUCGUUCGUGAGAAAGAUGAACAAAUCACCACCUUGAAAAGGCAGUUUGAUGCCCAGCAAUUGGCGAUGAACCAUCAAAUGACGGAGCUGAAGAAUUCGUUCCAGCAGCGAGAAGCUAAAUUGAAUAAACAGAUCGAAACCACCCGGGCUGAAGCUGAUCGAGAAUUAUGUGAUUUGCGAAGACAAUUGAACAGAGUUCAGGACUCGCAUGUGGAAUUCAUGGAACAAGUCGAAAAGAAACACGCCGAAGAACUUAAGCAGUGCGGAUCCUCUAUCGAGGAGAAUCAGGAAGCCCUAGAGCAAAACUAUGAGGAGAAGCUGAAAACGAUCGAAGUUCAACAUCAAAGCCAAUUGAACGCCCUUCAGAGCCUCAUUGAGGAGGAAAAGCAAGAGGCAUUGACCCAACUGGGAGAACAUUAUCAAACCCAACUGCAGUCUCUGCAGGAGCACAUUUCUGAUCUUCAGAAGCGACUCAACGACGCCAACAAACAGUCUUCUCAGAGACAACAGGAGCUUAACCGAUUGGAAGAAGUCAUUACGCAACAAGAGGAACAGUUGGAAGAAUUACGGAAACGCUCCGAAGAAGAUCAAAGCGAAUCCAAUAAAGACAUGUCUAGUUCCCGACGACACAGCUGCGAUGAGAGCACCGCCAGCACUACGGAGAGCAGCGGCGAAGAUGAUUACGAUGAAUCCGCAGCACCACCCAACGGUUUUCCUGAAACAUUUCCAUUAUUCUUCCUCAUCCUCGUCGCUUUCGCUUGCUAUCUCAUUUUCACCAGCUGGUCGACCUGGUUAUACUUCACUGUUAUUUUCUUAGUUGCACUUUUGGCCGUCGCUAAACUUACAAGUGGUUAGAGCUUUUUCGGCUUUUAAAAAAUUCGACGGCCAAACAGCCAAUCACAAAAUUUUUUUUUUGUUUUCCAAUUCGUACGGGUUCAGUUCAGCUUCCGGUUUUCUAUCAUCACCGUAGUUUUGUCAAAGUUUCAUUCACAUUUCCAACUGAAAAUCGUAAUGAAACGUUAUACAGGAAUUCAUAAAGACUUUCUUUCUAUUUUGUUUAUAAGCAUAAUGAGCAUGUAUUAUUCAAGACCAGCUCCUCCUAACAAGAAAAAAAGAUCCUGAUUUAUUACCUUCACGUCCUCGCCAUCUUCUCCUCUUUGCGUGCACUAAUUUAACUACCCCCCUGGGUGAAAAGUUUUCUUUUGAAUUUGAAAUGUGCGAUUAUUUGUGACUGCCAUUUGUUUUUGCUGUUUCUUUUCUUUAUUUCUUUCUUUCAAUUUUGAGAGAGCAUUCGAAAUUGGAUAGCUCUGGCCUUGACUCUUGCCCUAUGUUCUCCUUCCCGAUCACUCCGCCUGGGAUUUUUUGACGUUCGACAUGCUGCAAAAAUACCCCCCUCCUUUUUUUUCCACCCCACUUGAUUGAUGGCUGUUGGCUGGGCAAAAAGAAUUGAAUGUUGAAUAAUUGGUGCCAAAUCCAUCCCCCACUCCCUGCUCCAUGUCCAGACAGACAAGGCGUGUGCCGAGCAUCAGCAUAAAUCAUAGCCGUCAAGACAAUAUAAGAGCUAUGCCAAAAUCGAUUUGACAACGACAACGACAAAAACAAAACCGUGACCGUCAAAAUUUCAGCUCUGCAUCCUGUUCGUUCGAGCGCAAUAAAAAUUUAAACUACAAAAAACCAUAAGACAUAAAUACUUUUAAAAAAAAAAUAAGUUGCGUCUUUAAAAACCAAACGACGCAGACAUAACAAGCCGAUUUGUGUAAUCGACAUUUUAUUAUCCGGAUAAUUCUAAAUUUAAUGCGAAGUUAUAUAAUUUGAUGGAUUGAUGACUGUUCAAUAUAUUGCUGUUCAACACGA